AAGUUCAGUCCGAAUGAUAUCGUUGGGAUCGUGAUGCUGGAGACACAUGGAGCAACCGAUUUGCCAAAGUUGAAUAGUGAGUGGUGCAUGUUGUCUUUCUUUUGUGGGUCGACGCGUGUAUGCAGAUUGGGCUGGGUUACCUUCCCUCGUGAUGGUGAUCCGUCCCCGCGAUGGCAGUGGCGAGGACGAGCUGGGACAUGGACCCCUUUAGCAGUGUUUUCCUGUGGGAAGAAGGUCUUCCGCGCCCGCGUCAUCUGACACACUCUCAAACCCCGUAUGGAACGAGAAACUACCCUUCCACGUCCGUUGCUACGAGACCCGUUCAGAGGUCAUGACAGUUCUAGACUCAAAACUCUUUUCAAAUGACGACGUCGGUGACGCCAAGUUUGAGGUCUCUGAACUUGUCGGACUUGAGUUGUAUUACUUGCAUGAGGAUGGAAGUCAUUCGAUGAAGGAGAUCAACUUAUUGCUUUGGAUGUCGAAGCAGGUAGCUUGGGAGGUGAAACAUGCCCCGAUGUUGUACUUCGGGUAUUUGGACCCCCCCCCCCAUGCGUUGCUUCGACAAAGGGGUUCUUGGCGCAGUAUCUCAGUAUCUCAACCAAUACGAUGCAGACGAGACGGACACACUGUCACAUAUCCAGUUGACUUCAAUGCUGGGUUCGAUUGGCUCGACCACUAUCUGUGCACACUAUGUAUCGAUUUGUUCUUCACACGACACGAUAAACGCCCUGCCGAGAAUGAGUUGACGUUCCCGAGGCAGAGCUGUGCAGACCCAAGUGCGGGAACAAACAAUGGCCCAUCGAACAUAGUUUUUCGGAUAGUUUACUGGCGACCCCUAGGGGUGGUGUAAGCGCAGGAGGUGACGGGCAAGGUGGUCGGUGCGGUGGAAGACCGUUCUGUUGGACGAGUUGGAUUCCUCGGGGCCUGGGUUGUUUGUAGUUUCUCGGAAAAGGAGAAGAGGUAGGUGAAGAUGCUCCUU